UGGACAAAGCCAUGGGCAAAGCCUUGAAAAGGAAGAGCAGUACCCCUUCUCACCACUCGGGGACGUCGAGGAAGCAUAGUGAAGUACUGGGCCGGCCUUCACUGAUUGGGAGACACAGAGCUUCAAGCCAUGAGAUUCCAGGUUUUGACCCAGACGAUGAGUCUCUUACAGAUAUGGCAAGACAUGAGCUCUUCAAGGCUAGUUUUGCAAAACCAAAAUAUGCGAACACAUACAGAAUGGAACCCUAUAGAAAAUGUGAGGCUCAUGUAAUAAGGAAGAGAGCUGAAGAGAUCUUAAAGAGCAAACUUCAAGAUUUUACAUAUGCUGGUCAGAAUGGCUCCACGAUAUGUAUAAGCCUCACAGAAGAUUUAUUAGCAGCUGUCAAGGAUUUGAACUAUGACCGUUACAAGUAUGUGGUCCAAGUAUUUCUUGUGGAAAAGACUGGUCAGUCAGUAAAUAUUGCCAGCAGAUGGGUCUGGGAUGUUGCAAGGGACACGUGGGUUCAAGCUCAACAUGAAACUGAGGAUUUUGUUAUAAUAGCUCUGAUCAUUGCUUGCUAUUAUGAGUGACCCAUCACAAACAAC